AUUCUAUAUAUAUUUCUAUCACACACGAUAUUUAAUUUACCCCCUUUUUCUCUUUUCAGCUACUCCUACGAAUUAAUUAAAGAGAUCGCUGAUUUCUUUUUGGAGCGCACCACCAUUCGUCCCAAGGUUGGCAUAAUUUGCGGUUCGGGUCUCAACUCGCUGGCCGACCACAUCACAGACACGCAAGCCUUCGACUACAAGGACAUCCCGCAUUUUCCUGUCUCUACAGUUGAGGGUCAUGUGGGUCGCAUGAUUUUUGGCUAUCUAGAAGGCAUGCCUGUGGUGGCCAUGCAAGGUCGCUUCCACAACUACGAAGGUUAUCCGCUAACCAAGUGUUCUAUGCCUGUGCGCGUCAUGAAGUUAGUCGGAAUUGAAUAUCUUUUUGUAACAAAUGCUGCGGGCGGUCUAAAUCCCAAGUACAAGGUCGGCGAUAUCGUCAUCGUGCGUGAUCACAUCAAUAUCAUGGGCAUUGCUGGCAAUUCACCACUGCAAGGACCCAACGAUCCACGUUUCGGUCCCCGUUUCCCGCCCAUGAAAAAUGCCUACGAUCGUCAUUUGGUAGGCAAGGCGCGAAAGGUUGUACGUGAGAUGGGCAUUGAAAAUGAUGUGCACGAGGGUGUCUUGAUUUGCUUGGGUGGACCUAACUAUGAAACGGUAGCAGAACUGAAAAUGUUACGCAUCAUGGGCGUCGAUGCAGUAGGCAUGUCCACCGUGCACGAAGUGAUAACCGCCAGGCAUUGU